CCAGGCCCCUCCUCCCUGUGGCCUGGCCCCUACGUGAUCAGGCGGAAGUGUGCUCUCUCCUUUCGGGAUUAAAGGGAAUUUGAAUCAAUUUCAUCAACACGCGUCUUCUCGAACAGUACACAACACAUGCAUAGCGCUGUGUGCGCGAGAAGAAAGGCGCUAAUCAAACAAUUUCCUGGGUUGGUCUGCGGCGUUAGCGCGAGACGAAGGCUCGGUUCGUGCCUUUUUCCCUCGGAGGUUCCAGAAAAGCCGAGGCUAUGGAAAAACACGGUGCAUUCUUCUAAAGAAAGGCUGCUUUGGAGAGGUACAUGUAUACCUCGAACAGAUUCGAUGGUGGGACUUUUCAGGGGAACAUUUAAAAGAAGAGCAGAAUAUAUCCGCGGGUAUCUGGCACUGUGUGCGGAGUCGCAUUGCUUCUGAUCAAAUGCUUUGAUGAAUUAUUUAAUUGCUUCUGGGUCGACUUAACUGCUGUCGAUUGACUGGUUUGACGUUGCGGAAGGGGAUUCGAUGGUGGACUAGAAAGGAAAAACAAUAUUUUGCGCGAGGAAAAGCAAGAUAAAUUAAUGUUUUGAUUCAAGAAAUUCAUACCUCAUUGAACCCCGUAGUCAUGCGGUGGUGGGGGAGGAGGAUCGGAGUAGCAACCACACAGCGGAAUUUAUGUUUCACAAGAAUGUUGCUGCUGCAUCUGGCAGAGUUAUAAAAUGCCUCUAUAAUGACUACAGAUCUUUAAUUUUUAAACGAACGGUAAAACUUUGCACUAUUUGGCAGGGAUGAAAGGCAAUUAACAAAGUAAUACUAGUUGAGCCAAUUCGAUUGCGCAGGCAAAUUGAGAAGGCUGAACCAGAAAUGUUUUGAAUUUUAGAAAUUGCGCGUAGAUUUGCCUUGAAUACCGUUUAGUUAAAAGUUUGCAUGCAGUAAUAGACAAUUUGGACGUCAUCGGUAUGUCAAUACACGUUACUUUAUGUCUGGUCCAAGCAAUUUCUCUCCAAAAAGUAACAUUCUGAAUGUUGAUUUUUAAUAAAUUAAAUUAAGAAAACUUAAAACCUCUUUCAAAUCUGACCUCAACAACUAGUGUUUUGCUACAGUUCUCAACUGGAAAGCAGUUUAGCCUUAAAAAGGCAAAUGUGUGCUUCUGUGCAGCAUAUGUUUUAAGUUGAGCCUGCUUUCCAUUAGUUGUAUUGCAAAUGGCUUCAUUCCCCGAGUCCGAUCUACAGACAUGUCCACUUUGCAAGGAACUGUGCGGGUCUUCUGCUCCGAUCUCCUCCAACUCGUCUACCUCCUCAUCCUCGUCUCAGACCUCCAGCUCCUCUACCUCAUCCGCCCGAAGGCUCCAUGUUCUGCCCUGCCUUCAUGCCUUCUGCAGGCAGUGCUUGGAGGGGCAGCGUAACCCGGGGGACCCCUCCAAGCUACGGUGCCCGACCUGCGACCAAAAAGUCUCAAUCUCCGAGUCUGGGGUGGACUCUCUGCCGUCGUCCAAUUUCCUCUUCAGCAAUCUGUUGGACGUGGUGGUGUCGUCCGAAGAGCAGAACAAGAACGGCUGCAGGAGCGGCGGCGGCGGCUACCACCACCCCCACCAGGGCCUGCACCGGCUGCACCGGCUCGGGGACCCCCACUGCAGCUCCUGCGACGAAGGAAACCCAGCUACCUCCCACUGCCUGGACUGCCAGGAGUACCUCUGCGACAACUGCGUCCGUGCCCACCAGCGAGUCCGCCUGACCAAAGACCACUUCAUCGAGAGGCUGAUGGAGACCCUGCACCUGGCCAGUCGCACCAGCAACUCCAGUACCCCCGUCACGCUGUCCCAGUCCUUCCAUUCAAACUACCCGCUGCUGCCCAUCUUUCAGGACCGGAUGAGCUUCUGCCAGCACCAUGACAACGAGGUGUUCCGUUUCUUCUGUGACACGUGCUCCGUGCCCAUCUGCAGGGAGUGCAGCGUGGGCCGCCACAUGGGCCACAGCUUCAUCUACCUCCAGGACGCGGUCCAGGACUCCCGGGCCAUCACCAUCCAGCUGCUGGCCGACGCACAGCAGGGCAGGCAGGCCGUGCAGCUGAGCAUGGAGAAGGUGCAGGCCAUCGCCGAGCAGGUGGAGAUCAAAGCGCAGGCGGUGCAGACGGAGGUGAAGGCCGUGGCACUGAGGCACAAGAAGGCCCUGGAGGAGCGCGAGUGUGAGCUACUGUGGAAGGUGGAGAAGAUCCGGCAGGUGAAGGCCAACUCCCUCUACCUGCAGGUGGAGAAGCUCCAUCAGAACCUGAGCAAGCUGGACAGCACCAUCGCGGCUGUGCAGCAGGUCCUGGAGGAAGGUCGCAACAUGGACAUCCUGCUGGCCCGCGAACGCAUGCUGGCCCAGAUCCAGGAGCUGAAGGGCCUGCGGGGCUUGCUGCAGCCCCAGGAGGACGACCGCAUAAUGUUCACGCCCCCGGACCAGGCACUCUUUAUUGCCAUCAAGUCCAUGGGCCUGAUCAGCAGCGGCGCCUUUGCCCCCGUCACCAAGGCCACCGGCGAAGGCCUGAAGGGGGCGCUGAAGGGGAAGGUGGCCUCCUUCACCGUGGUGGGUUACGACCACGACGGCGAGCCCCGGCUGUCCGGCGGCGACGGCAUCUCGGCAGUGGUGAUGGACGCCGAUGGCAACCUGUCGGCGGCCGACGUGUCGGACCACCAGAACGGCACGUACACAGUGAGCUACUUGCCGAAGACAGAGGGUGAGCACCUCCUCUCCGUGUUCAUCUGCAACCAGCACAUCGAGGGCAGUCCCUUCAAAGUGCUCGUCAAGUCGGGCCGCAACUACGGGGGCGUGGGGGUGCCCAUGGCCUCCUUCGGCGGGGAGGGUGAAGGGGAUGGCCAGCUGUGCCGGCCCUGGGGCAUCUGCGUCGACAAGGAGGGCUACGUGGUCGUGGCCGACCGCAGCAACAACCGCGUGCAGAUCUUCAAGCCCUGUGGAACCUUCCACCACAAGUUUGGCACCCUGGGUUCCCGCUCUGGGCAGUUUGACCGUCCUGCCGGCGUGGCCUGCGACUCCCAGAGGAGGAUCAUCGUGGCCGACAAGGACAAUCACCGUAUCCAAAUCUUCACCUUCGAGGGCCAGUUCCUUCUGAAGUUCGGGGAGAAGGGAAGCAAGAACGGACAGUUCAACUACCCCUGGGACGUGGCCGUCAACUCGGAGGGGAAGAUCCUGGUCUCUGAUACCCGCAACCACCGCAUCCAGCUCUUCGGGCCGGACGGGGCAUUCCUGAACAAGUAUGGCUUCGAGGGGGCCCUCUGGAAGCAUUUUGACUCUCCCAGGGGCGUGGCUUUCAAUCACGAGGGACACCUGGUGGUGACGGACUUCAACAAUCAUCGGCUGCUGGUGAUUCGGCCGGACUGCCAGUCGGCCCGCUUUCUGGGCUCCGAGGGCACGGGCAACGGGCAGUUCCUUCGCCCGCAGGGGGUCGCCGUCGACCAGGAGAACCGCAUCAUUGUGGCAGACUCCCGCAACCAUCGGGUCCAGGUGUUCGAGCCUAAUGGCAACUUCUUAUGCAAGUUUGGCACUCAGGGUAAUGGCUUCGGGCAGAUGGAUCGCCCAUCCGGCAUAGCCAUUACACCUGAUGGUGUAAUUGUUGUUGUUGACUUUGGAAACAACCGAAUCCUCAAGUUCUGAAAGGCUCUCUCAGUUUGUAAUUAAAAUGAUGGAGGAGAUGAUUAAAUCAAUACAAGAAAUUUUAAGGUACCCAUUAAGAACAGUCUGUCUAGAUGAGGGAAUCGAUGAUCGCCAACUACCAAGGAAAGUCCCCCCCCCCCCACUCCCUUCCAUUUUGGGUGUCCCAGAGCUGAUUUGUUUGGUAUACUGUAUGUGCUGUAGGGAGUACUAGAAGGUUAAUAUAGUCAUUUAAGCAGUAUACAUCCAUUAGAAAACCAUCUGGUCACAUAUGGUUGUCGCUUGUCCCGCUAGUAAACAAGGCUGGCCUUAAUACGUAUCUUAAUAUCUCCUUCACUGACCAUCUCAGGGAAAUUCUCGCAUUCUUGAAAUAUUGUACACUUUGCAUCAUACCUACCUCAUCUAGCUCAUAUAUGAAUGUAAUGUGUUUGUUUUGCAGAGAUUUAGUCCGUGACGUUUUACAAAGAAGAAAAGAAGUCUACCUCAAUGCUUUUUUUUAUUUAAGAGUGAGAGAAAAAAGAAAAACAAACAAGGAUUGGUUUAUAUUUGCACAGAUUCAAUUCUGACUGUGUGCAGUAAGCAAUUUGAAACCCUGAAUGUUGCUGAGACAAUGCUCAGAGUUUGCUAAGGCUACAUGUUAAGGUUGAAAAGUGUGGAGGCCUUUUGAUGAAUCUACUGUUGUUUAUUAGUGCCGUUCCAUUUUUUUCUGCAGUUAUUUUUCUACUUUCAUUAACUUACAACUCUUCAUAUCUCUGCAUGGCAAAAAAAAUUGUCCUUGCCAGGUUUCUUUUGUAUGUUGCAGUGGCGUGUUAGAUUAGAAGAUGAAAUUGGUCGCUUGCGUAUAGCAAAACCGAUAGUCAUUAUUUGCAGCAUUGUCUGUCGUGAUUUCCUCAGUAUCAAGGGCAAAAACACUUGAGAGAUUUUGCGUUCCUUUUUCUUUAGUAAUCUCAAGAGGCAUAACUGGACUUGAUGGUAUGUUUCUUAAAGUAGAUGGCACAAAAUAUAGAAUCAAAAUAUUACCAAAACCAAACACGUGAUGUCGAAAGGAGAGCCGAAAAUCAUAACUGAGGCUAGUGUCAGCCUUUCUUGAUACCAAAUAUUGUGACACACCCCUUGCGUCCAUCAUUUGAGUUUUAACACGUUCUUUAAAAAGAGUUCUUUAAAAAAAAUGUUACAUUUUCCAAACCGAAGAUUUUGGAAAUGGUUGCCGGUGAUGUGGGUUUUCAUUGGUUUCCCAAGCAUACGUCUCCCUGAUGUGUUUCUCCCUUUAAUGAAUGAAGAGUGCGGAUCCUGUUGGCUCCCACCGCCAAGGGCUGAUGUGCUGUAGGCUUUUGUUGGGCGUGGCUGCUGAGUAACCAUUGGAUUUGGCUUUUCAGUAAAAGCCAAUCCACUUGGCUCUGGAGAUUGGGAUGGAUUAAAUCCAAACCUUGGAGGACUGCUGCUGAGUCAGUUUGUAUUUAUUAAAAAAAUAUAUAGGAGGUGAAUUCAGGCCAGCCCUCUAAAAUGGAGGUCUCAUUCCAGCUAGAAGAAGGAACCAAAGUAAGAAUUUCUGCACAAUGGGCUACUUUAGGUUGGCACCUACUAAUUUUUUUUUUUUUUACCAUUUAUGACAAUUUAGCUUUUGAAUUGUUUGGAAGGCUUGUACCCCCCCUCUGAACACCCCCAUGCCCCCUUGUGAUGUACCAGUGGCUGGCCUCAGAUUGUUAGAACACUGGGGCUACAAGAGACAAAGAUGAAAAUGGUAGAUUUAUCUCAAUUUUUUGGAAAUACCUUUGAAGGAAGACGUUUUGGAAAAGGCUGUACGCAGAUUUACUUCCACUGGAGGGACAAAACAUAGGAAUUGCUGUUCUGAGGAUCUGAAGUAUAAAGAUUAAACUCAAAGCCCAAAAAUAUUCAGUGUCAGCAUUUUUCUGGCAUUCAUUUUGUGUGCUCUUAUCAGCUUAGUUAACACUAUUCAUUUUCAUGUUCUUUUGAUCAGAUUUUUCUGUUAAUGUAUUAAUACCUCAACAAAUAUAAUUACCUCUAUAUAUACAUAAACACACACACAUUCUGUAGAACUCAAAUCAAGUUCCACUUCAGUUUUUUUGCACAUCUAGAAUGUGAAUCUGAGAAUUUGAAAAGACACCCCCCACCCCAAAAUAAAGGAUAUCUGCUGUUUGGCUAUUUUAUGUCGGAUAAAACACUACCACCGAAGGUACUGAAUGAUUAAAAUUUCAUUACCUGCUUCUGCAACAAAUUGCUUGAGGCGACAGUUUGUAUGGAAUGCAUUAGGGACUUGCUGACAGAUGCUUUCUUGGAGAGGAAGAAAGUACUUUUUUAAUCUUAUUGGUUUCAACUGCAGUAUAUCUCAAGUUUCAUAAUCGGUUAGUCUUCUGAGGGUGAUCCCCUUGGAUCUAUCUGUGCUUGCUACAUCUGGCCAACCAUUCCUUGGGGUUAACUUUCAAGUUCUCUUCUCAGUGAACGUAAAAUUAAUUUCAAGCCCAGAUUCAGCACAUAUUUUAAAUGAAAGUGGUAAGGUACAAUCCAAUUCCAAGAGCAGCUUUACCCACUCAGAUUUGGUGUUUCUCCGGGUUUUUCAGUCAGACUUAAAAAAUUUGUUCAUGUGGUUUGGUUUGGUUUGUCAUUAUCUUUAAAGUCUCAUGAAUCCAUCUGUAGUAGUUCCAUGUUCAGCUCAGGGAAAAGUGGAGGAUAACAUUGACCUCAUUUGUGAUUGACACUCAUUGUCAUUAAAAUAUUAACCUCACACUGAACAUCAGCUGUAACGACCUGUUGUGAUAUCCAUAUUUUCCAUACAUGGCCUAGAUUUAAUCAGUCCCUAAUGUGGUUUGUCUUUAUAUUUCAGUAACAAAUGACUGUUUCUCACAAUGUUAGUUUGGCUUGAGAAAAAUAGAUUGAAUGUAGCCCUUAGUCUGUGUGGUCUAAACAUCAGAAACCAGUCAAAAUGUUGUGAAAUGCAAUGAAAGGUAUUAGGAUUGAAAAGGUAUUUAAAAUGUAUUGGGUUUGUGUACUAACAGUUUCCAUAAUGUUUUGUAAUUAUACAUGCAUGGAUCUGCUCUUGGAUGUAGAACCAUUAUUCAUCAGAUUAAGUUAGCUCAUGAAGUGAAUUGUGCCUUUUUAUUAUAUCAUAUCAGGAUCAAAUUCAGGACAAAUCUGAAGUAUGUGCCAAAAAUUAACCCGCAAAUAGUGUGGUGCCAAAUAAAACUGGAGAAACUGGGUAACAAGGAAUUCAUUUAAGGGAAGGGUCUUCAUGCAGAGAUAAAUGAUACCUUCCUUAGCAGAUUUGUUUUGGGGGGGUUGGGGUUUGGGGGGUGGGGGGUUGGGGGCAGGAGGCCAGUUAACAGUGAUUAGAAAUUGGGGUCUACGUAAGUGAUAUCACAAUUCUUUAUUACAUGCAUCUACGCAUCUUUUUUCAGAUUACUGGGAAACUGAACCAAUUAAUCUGUAGUUUGAUAGCACAUAAUGUCAGGUGAACGUCGCAGCAGAUUGCAUUCUUCUUUUAUUACACUCGUUAGUUUGACAAGUGUUCUGCAGUUCCCAGCUCCCCACUAAUACCUCUACGAAAGGGCUUUUGCCUCUAUGAAUCUGUAAGGAAAUCAGCAUUUUGCCUCCUUAUUACUAAACUUAAUUUCUGUAUUAUCAAAAUGACCUCAGUCUCAGCACAAAUAACAUUUUUACCUCAACAAAAAGAUUGUAGAAGCCUGGUCCUAGCAUUAUCUCAGCGGUUAUGGAGGUUAGUUAACUUACUUUACAAAAACAGAUAAAACACUUGAUAAUGCAGACUGUGGUGUAUAGGAAUAUGUUGAAAAAAGACCAUAUGUACCAAGUUGUUAGCACAUUCUUAGAGAAAAAAAGUGUGAGCUAGUUUGAGGACAGAGAGCCUGCUGCUUUGAACAAAACAUCUAACACUGAUUUUUUUUUUUUUAAACCUUUUUUUGUGUUUCAGUAUUAUAUGAAAUGUUCAAUCUCUGUUCAUCUUUCAGUUAAGUUGCAGAGUUCAAACUCUAAGAUCCUUAGAUCUUCACUCUGUAAGAGGAAAACAAUGUAUGCAUGCUUUAAAAAGUGGUAGUUGAGAAGUGUUUGCGAUUGGUUGAAAACUAAAGAUGAGGGGGGGCAAAGUUUUUAAAAUUUAAAUACCAAAUUAUGUGCUUGAUGGGUUGUCGGGGUGGGAAUCGGGAGGGGGGUGGUUUUGACUGUGAGAUUGUAUCUCCCUUUUUAAAAAAAAAAAAAAAAAGCUUUACAGAGCCCAAUCAAGUUACUGCCACAUCUGGAACAUUAGGGUGUUGAGAUGGUCCAAGUCCACAUGCCUUAAACACUAUUGGAGCAGGAUAUUGUUGACGUAUACCCAACGCGUACUUCUGUACACUUCAAAAAAAAAUAAAAUAAUGCUGCACGUCUCUCAAAACUGCCAAAGAUUCUCCUGUGCACACGUAAGGAAACUGUGCUUAAACUGUACUUAAGUAAUCUGCAGGUGUUGCAGCAUUAUAGUGCCACCAUUGGUGAUAUUACACUGAGUUCUGUUGCUACAUUCAGUGAUAGAAUCAUUUCUAUUUGUUUCGCCUUCCUCCGCUUGGUACAGAAGUAAGUUGUGUCACAUGGGCCGCUGUGUCUGUGCAUGAUGGGUGUAGCAGUAUUCACUCUGAAAUGACAGUCUGGUCUUAAAGGGUGGUGUCAUGCAUGUUCAAAACACUCUUCAUCAUCAGCCAAAGCAAUGAGUUCCACUGGACCAAAGAACACAUAAGCCUGAAUUUCCAGUACCUACGAAGGCUGCAGCCACACCUUUCUAAAUCCCCAUUUUACACACGCACAACCCACCCUCGAGACAGGCUGUCAUUUCUUAGUGUAAUUUUGUAAAAAAGUCCUAAUCGGUGUUCUACGUGUGGUUAGACUGAUGUUCUUUCUGAGGCGAAAGCAUUAAUGUGAAUGGUGUUACCUUGCGACGUGUUAGCAAGAGGGUGUGGGGGCAGUUGGAAAUGAGAUCCUGAAUCCUAUCCCCUGCUUCACAUUACCAUUAGUGGUGUGAGGUGCUGCCAGCGCAUACAUUUUACAAGGAAAACGAGGUAGCAGCUCACGGUCGUAGCGUUGUGUACCUCAAAUGGUGGCGGUGUCUCGUAUGCAGGUUUGGCGGUUAUCUGAAUGCAGUCAUCCAGCGAGCUAACUGCUGUCUUGUCUUGAUUGGUAUCCUCUGUAGUCCUGUACUACGGCUUUACUCACAAAUCGCUGUCCGUUCCAUCCGUUUGCUUUGCCUCUUAUAGAUUAAAAAGACAAAAGUAAAAGGCGGAGUGUACCAGUUAAUACGUGCAUGGUCUUAGACCUUUUAAUGAUUGUAUAAUCUUUAAAAAUAAAAAAAAUACAUAUAAAAAAGAAAAGAAAAAAAAAAAAACUCAGGUAGCUUUCCAGAUCCCAGAGGUUGGGAGCUCAGUUAAAUAAAAUGUUGUGUCCCAUAGUGCUAUAGUAAUUCUUAUGUUCAUACCUCAGAAAUUUAGUCAGAUUUUUUUUUCUCUGUUUGUGUGUGUGUGUGUUCAUAUACCACAUUACCUCUUGAUCUAAAAGAAAUGUUACUCUGAAAUUCUUCAGGAUUUUUCAUUUAUUUUUACUUUUUGUUUGACAAAAAAACAACAAAAAAAGAAUAAAUCCCAACUAAAAGAUUCAUGGCAACCCUUUUUGGAAUGUAUGUUUUUUAGGGAAAGGGUUGCCACAUCUGCUAUUUUUCACGCACCACAAACGGUUGCUCGCAGGGACACAGGGGACAUGACUGUAGUGUUAAUGCAACCACUGUCUGGGAGAGAAGAUUCUCAAAACACUGCUUGACAGGACAGUUUUCACUGGGGUGAAAAACCUGUGCCAGGGAAUAACAGUUUACACAGAUUAAAACACUUUAUAGUGUCACAUUACAGUGCGUAGUUUAAAAUCCUGAGAUUUAUCACUGCAUUUCUUACUUUAAAAUACUAUAGGGGUGUCCGACUCCAGUCUUGGAGAACAGCAGUGUCUGCACUUUCAUUUCAAACCAUGGCCUGUUAAGGCCUUGAACAAAGUGCGUGGACUUUUAAGCCGAUCAACAGCUUUAAAAAAAAAAAACUGGUGGUAAAAUGCACCAAAAACCAACCAGCACUGUGGCUCUCCAGGACUGCAGUUUGAAAUCUGUGCUAAAACAAUGAUGUAGUUGAACCCUGGCCCCCAUUCAGUCAUAUCUGUAAUAUUUGAAUUUUUAGGCAGAUAUUACUCUGAACUGCUCUGUUGACACUGUAUUGGUUCUACUCCAUCGUCUUGCUAUUUUAAGCAGUGUGAAGUUUGGAAAUGCUCACCAGCAGAACUCUCUCCCGGAAUCGUCCGCUGUGUCCCGUGGGUGGCUGAUUUUGUGCGUUUUUCGUUGGACAGAAAUCCUCUGAAUGUAUACCCCCCUUCACAGUCCAUGAAGAAAGGCUGUCAUGUGUGACUGGCUGAGUUUAGAUGGGUGCUGGUGUCACUUCCGAGCCCAGGUUCUGGGUGUAUUAUAUGUGUGUGUCUGUGUGUGGGGAGGGUGGCACGGGGGGGGGCUCAGGGCACUCCAAGCGCUCCACGGCCCCCCCCUCCUGACCGCCCCCUCCCCCUCUCUUUCUCAGGACUGGCAGGAAGUUUAGGUGUCACGUCUUCUGUCUAAAUAAGGUAAAGGAGACUAUAAUAUAUUCUGGUUGCCUGCAGCCUUUUUCUGUCGUCUUUUAUGGACUUUAAACAUUUCCUAUGCAGUUUGAUUUUUUUUUUUUGUUUACACUUAAAUAAACUUGUAUUUCUUGGAA